UAAAAGCAGAAGCACUGGGGAUUUGUCAGGGGCCGGGCCUGCAAGAUACUACACUGUAUACAUUGGAGAUAAUUUUUUAUGUUCAGCUAAUGCAUUACUGAGAAGACAUCAGCAAGGUCUUCAGUCACACAAGGCUGAAUAUUCUCUAUCCCAAGCGUACAACUGCUCAUGCCACAGAUAUUAGCAGGGCAGCAAAUAAAUGGGAGUUCAGCUCCACAUGUGGUUCCAAUGCGAGUUGGGGUCAAAGUAGGAGACAUGUCCCUUCAGGAUACCAUUCUGUGUGAUGGCCUAAUGGACGCCUUUUAUAACUACCACAUGGGUGUAACAGCUGAGAACGUGGCGAUGCAGUGGCAUGUGAGUCGAGAGGAGCAGGACAAGUUUGCUGUACAGUCCCAGAACCGAACUGAGGCAGCACAGAAAGCUGGCUAUUUUGAAAAAGAAAUUGUUCCUGUCUCCGUCCCUUCCAGGAGAGGGCCUAUCGAGGUGUCAACCGAUGAGUUUCCCCGUCACGGAAGCACCUUCGAAGCCAUGUCUAAACUAAAGCCGGCUUUUGCAAAGGGCGUAUCUGGCACUGUCACUGCUGCUAAUGCUUCAGGAAUAAAUGACGGGGCCGCAGCUGUGAUUCUGAUGAAGAAAUCAGAAGCUGACAAGAAAUGCCUGAAACCUUUGGCUCAGAUUGUAUCCUGGGCCGAGGCUGGUUUGGAUCCUGCCAUUAUGGGAGUCGGGCCUAUAGCAGCAAUAAGGAAGGCCGUAGAAAAAGCCGGCUGGACGCUGGAUGAAGUUGAUCUCUUCGAAAUCAAUGAAGCUUUUGCAUCACAGUCUGUAGCUGUUGUCAAGGAACUGGGUAUAAACCCAGAGAAGGUAAACAUCCAAGGUGGUGCUAUUGCUUUAGGUCACCCUCUGGGAAUGUCUGGGUGCCGCAUUCUGGUUACACUUCUCUACGCACUGGAGAGAACAGGAAAAAAGCGUGGCAUUGCUUCUUUGUGUAUAGGAGGUGGAAUGGGAAUAGCUAUGUGUGUUGAAAGGCAAUAAAUUACACCUAAAUUUUACUACAA